GUGAGAUGUCUUCCCUCGUUUAGUUCGAUACUGGUCCACUCAGACUAGAGGCAGGUUGACGGGACUCAUCAGCUAGGGUGGAUAGUGAUGAGGUGGUGAAAUACUGCUAAUGAGGGUGUAGUUUGCUUGUAUACCGAUAGAGCUAUAAAUACUGUACGAAAUUUUGUGAAAAAAUGACGACUACUACGACAUUUCAAGGGAUGGAGCCCGGUGCUAAAAGCAGUUCCAGGGUUUUGCGCCCGCCCGGUGGUGGCUCCAACAUUUCACUUGGUGCAGAUGAGGAGAAGCCACCUGCCCGGAAAAACAAGAUGGCCUCCAGUGUUUUUGCUGAGCCAGAGGACCCAUAUGCUAAUCGAAGGAACAACCCACCAGGUGGGAAACCAACGGGAGUGCUGUGUGGGGAGCCAUCAGCCCCCCUGAGGAGAGGAGGAAACCAUUCCACCAGUCAUUCUGGAGACCCCCCCACCACAGAUGGAGAAAUCUCUUUCCGUGAAAAUGAAAUCUGUGCUGCUGAGCCUGAAGUAGUUCCAGAGCAGCAAGAGGAGGUUCCUCAGGCUGAGGAGCCCACUGGAGGACUACCAUCUGGCCGUCGAAAUCCCCCGGGGGGCAAGUCCAGCCUGAUCCUUGGUUGAAAGCCACUCAACUACCCCUCCUUACCUCCACUCAUCUUUGAACAUCUUUUUAUUUUAAGCAAGAAUCCCCAGCUCAUUUGUCUGUACCGCAGGAAUCCUCUGAUGUCCAGCAGACACCGGUCUCCUCCACACCCCCAAGUGCAUUGUUUUGAUACCUCUUUUUUGAAAACUGUUUUGUACUGUUUUUAUUGUUUGUUUAUUUUGACAGAAGCACUUUAUGUAUUUCUAUGUAUACGGUUCAAAGUCUGCCUUUACCUCUGAAAUGCAUCAGACCUGCCAGGUAAGGUAUAAGGCUCACAUUUGUCACAUCAACCAAUGGCAAAUCUCCCCAAACUUUAAUGCAACAGCACAAGCUGUGAAUGAAUAUACAAACAUUUUGUAGAAUACAAGCAAAAGAAAAAGCUUUUGCACUGUGUUCAUUUUUGGCCCCAUCUUGCAUGCAUGUCUGGUCUGUAAUGUAUGAAUGUGAGAAGAAACAUAACUGUGAAAAUUUCUUUUUUUUAAUUUAACCUGUUUAAUACUUGUUUUUUGUGAACCAAUUCUUGUACUGUUGUUGCAUGAAGUUGGACUCUUUCUACUGAUUAUAGUAGUAGUAUCCACACAGGAUCCUCAUAAAUUUCUGUAAUUUUUUGAUCCAAAAGAGGCAGACAUAUGUUUUCAGUUGAGUCCUUUAGGUCCCCCAUGUCAGGUUAUAAAAAAAAAAAGUUGGAACAAGCCUUUUUUGCUAUUGUCCCUAACCGUAUUGUAACCCCAGUGCCGGUUUUAAGUGCCCCAUGUUUUUAUAGGUAAAAUUUACUCAAAAUUUUACUCUUAAGUGCGCCUGUUUGUGUGUUAGGCUACAACAUCAAACAAGGUUGGGUUUCUCGAUUGCAUCCUACCAGUAUCACAUUUGCAUUGAAAAUUAGUGGAUUAUUUAUGGUCCUCACUGCUGUGUUCCUGGUAAACCCAUCCUAGAUUUGACAAGUGACCUUAUGACAACCCAGCCUUCUUUUCAUUGUUCUCCCCUGUUUUAUACAUUAGUCACUAUUCUUGCUCACUGGAAAUCUAGAACAAUCUUUCUGUAAUUUUCACGUGGCAUUAUUCCAACCAAAACUUUUACCUGCUUCUGUCCUCUUGAGUCACGUGCAUGGGAGCAGUCAUGCUGUGUCUACAACCUGUCAUGCAAGAAAAUCUACAUUUCAGGUUUACAUUGUUUAGUGUGGUGUCUUUUUUUUUUUUUUUUUUUUUUAAUGUUUAUUACGAUGCAGCAUAUGUGUUGGCAUCAUAUACCAUUUCCUGUUGCUGGAUGUAAGUUACUGCUGAAAUUUUAAAAUCAAUAAAUGGCACAAGUGGACAUUACCAUUAAAUCAGUUUUGACCAUG